AUGACUUUGUCAGAUCUGAAGAACAGCAUCUUGGAGAAGCUUGGCGUGUUGGGUAGCAAGUGGGUGAAGAAACUAUUCUACAAGAUUCCCAUGGCGGUUGUAUCGACCGGUGUUCAGUAUGAAACCUUUGCGGUUAAGGCUGAUGAAGAUAUUAGGGUUCUGUUCUACUGUGUACGGAGUUUUCCGGAGAUCAGAAUCCAUGAGUUGUUCGCGAAGUUGGAGGUUGGUGUCGAUAGUUCUGGGGCAUCCGCGCCAGUUCCCUGCCCAGCUGCCGCGGGUGGUGCAUCUAGUUCGAUGCCUGCGGUCAUACCGUAUGUUCCGCCGGUUCAAUCACCUUCGUUUGCGGCUGAUUUAGACCGAACAGAGGUUGUUGGUUCUAUACCUUUGGAGAAUGCAGUAGUCAUUGAGCCUCCGCACGUUGUGGGCACCGGUGGUGGCCUCGUACCUUAUAUCGAAGACUUUGGUGGACCUGAUCAAGUAGAGAAUGCAAUGCGUGACGAUGAGUCUGACCAGGAGCCUGUUGAUAUCGAUGGUGACAGCGACGAUGACAGACGUGGCGAUCCACAUGCGCAGCAUAGGCCAGCAAGUUCUGGUUCUCAUCACUACCCUCCACACUUCUCGACACUAAACUUGGAAGCUCUUGGUCAACAGGAAGACAGUGGUAACAGAGUGGGGGGAUCUUCUACAGAAUUUCAGAUUGGGCAAUCAUUCCAGAGUAAAGAUGAAGCUGUGCUGAGUGUAAAGGACUAUAGCAUCCGGCGAGGUGUUGAGUACAGAGUCAUCGAAUCGGAUCAUUUGAAGUAUCAUGGAAAAUACAAGGAAUUCGGCAAGGGUUGUAGUUGGUUGAUUCGUGUAGCGCUUCGUGCACGAAAGGGGACUUGGGAGGUUAGGAGGUACAACGGGCCACACACAUGCCUCGCAACUUCUAUUUCAAGUGAUCACCGUCAGCUGGACUACCACGUUAUCUGUGCGAGGAUUCUUCCUAUGGUUAGGGCAGAUGCUGCGGUUACGGUAAAGGUACUUCAACAAGCGACAGAAGCUGAUUACGGUUUCAGGCCUAGUUACAGGAAGGUUUGGAUGGCUAAGCAGAAGACAGUGGCAGAAAUAUAUGGAGAUUGGGAAGAGUCUUACGCGGAGUUGCCACGUUGGAUGCUAGGGAUCCAGGCGACAAUGCCGGGAACAAUCACGGUGCUGAAGAGUGAAGACGCAUUCCGGCAUUGCAAGCCCCUCGUCAGUAUUGAUGGUACCCACUUGUAUGGGAAGUAUGGAGGGACGCUGCUGUUGGCGAUAGCUCAGGACGGGAACUCGAACAUCCUCCCGAUAGCAUUUGCCCUUGUGGAGGGCGAAAAUGCAGAGUCGUGGCAUAAUGGGAUCAAGGCAGCGCUUGAGGCACCUGAGACUGGGUGGCUGCCUCCUCGGGCGUUCCGGGCCUACUGUAUUAGGCAUGUGGCUGCGAAUUUCACCCUAACGUUCAAAGGUAAGGACUCCAGGAGGCUGUUGGUGAAUGCUGCCUACGCAAAGACUGAGGCUGAGUUUUACUACUGGUUUGACAUCAUGCGGACUGAGAAUCCAGCAAUGUGUGACUGGGCCAACCGGAUGGAGUAUGACAAAUGGACCCAACAUGAGGAUGCUGGUCGACAGUUCGGGCACAUGACCACAAACAUCAGUGAAUGUGUGAACUCCGUGCUAAAGGGAACUCGCAACCUGCCGGUCACAUCUUUGGUUAAGUCAACCUACGGGAGGCUUGCUCAGCUAUUUGUGGUACGGGGACAGACAGCAGAGGCACAACUCGGAUCUGGGCAUGAAUUCUGUCAGGCCUUGGUAAAGUCUAUUGAUCGGAACCUAAGAGACUCGAGGUGCUUCACUGUGACAUUAUAUGACAGGCAGCAGUCCGAGUACACCGUCGCGGAGACAACACCAACCGGCAACUUCUCCCUCGGCAGCUACAGAGUCUCCCUUAAAGAUCACCGAUGCGACUGUGGCCACUUUCAGGCGCUGCAUUAUCCUUGUUGCCACGCCAUUGCGUGUUGCGCCUACUCCCGGCUUAACUGGGCGUCAUAUGUUCACGAGGUGUAUCGUAUGAGUGAGGUGUUCAACGUUUACAAGGAGGGGUUUCUCCCACCUAUCCCUGAAGGACUAUGGCCUCCAUAUGCUGGGCCUACCAUCAUUCCUGACCCUAAUAUGCGGCGUGCAAAGGAAGGUCGUCCAAAGGUAACCAGGAUCCGUGGAAGUAUAGAUCAGUCUCAGGAGAACCAGCCGAAGCGAUGUGGACUAUGCCGUCAGCCUGGGCAUACGCGGAGGAACUGUCACCAGCGAAGACAGAGUGGUGGAGGGGAUGCGUAG